AUGUCUCCGGAGAAGCGGCGGUAUCGAGCAGUCUGGACUUAUCCUUUGUCACUCUUGUCCGCCCGCCCUCCUCCUCCUCCGCUCGCGUGCGUUGAGUGUGACAGGCAUGGCGGCUCUGUGCAGAAGCGGCUAUUUCCCAAGUUUGUGACGACAUAUGAUCCGGCCGCUCGAGUCCUCCAAGCACAGCUGAACACAGCAUCAUUCUGCGGUCAUUUGGGUAACCCAAUAGGCUUCGACCUUUGGCCCCAGAAGCGUGGAAGCCAUGGUUCGGAUGCAAGCAGGUUACCCAAGAGGACGGAAUAUAGAUGA